AUGGGCAGCAAAGGGGAAGAGUAUUUCGGUUUGUUAGAGAUUGGGAAAAGCUACAUGUUGAAAAAUGGUGUGGUUAUCAUUUUGAAUUCCAAAGGAGGUGUACCUGACAUGGUGUAUAAGUUUGUGCCGUUGAAAAGCAUUGCAUCAAUCAAUGAUGGUCAAGUAAUAGAUACAUUUGGAUAUGUUUGUGAUAUUGGUGGCAUGACUACCAGCGUUGUUCAUGAAUCGUUUGGUGAUAACAUGUUGGUGAACAUGACUAUUGGCUGUACCAAUGAAACCCGAUUGCUUAUUUCAGGCAUGGGUUUCCGUCGUGGACAUUGGUUUGGGCGAUCUGGAAUUCAGGAAGAUUCAAUUGUGGCUAUCAAAGGGGUGAAGAUUGAAAGGCGAGUGAAAGAGUUGUUACCGGAAGCUCAUGCUAUUUGGAUAAUGAAGCAAGGUGAUAGUAGUGAGCAGGUUGGUGAGUGUAAUGCUGGUGAAGUAACGUCAAAAGUGGAGGAAGGUAGUGGUUAGAAAGAGUUGCCAUUAGUUUUGGAGGUUGUUGAAGGAGCCGAUGAAGUCUGUGUGAAUGAUGGCGAUAAGGAUA